UAGUGUUAUUCGAGAAUAAGUACCUACCCAGUAAUAACUAUUACAACAAUAUUACAAUGUUUAUAAAAAUAUUAAUAUUAUUGAUUAAAUAUACAGAAAAUUAGAUAGCUCAUGUCAAUGCACAAUAAUAUUAUGAAAAUCGAUGAAAUAGUACAGCGUCGUGGCCAUAGAUAGUGCAACAGUUUAUUAAAACCAUAGACCAAUAAACUAAUGGACUGCGCGCAUUCCACUCCGCCCUGCCUUCAAUGCUCGGGAAUCAUAUAAGAGAAAGAAAGAAGAAAGAACGAAGAGAGAAAAGAGAGAAAGAACAUAAAGGAGGUCUAUGAUUAAAACACUGCGCUUUCGCAAGGCGCCAACCGACGGACGACCAGACUAUCAUAAACAUUUUUAUUUGAUUUUAUAAGGCGGCUACAUAUAUUUAUAAUGAGGGCCACACACGGGCUGUGGGCUGACAACCAUUGGUGUAAUAUAUGUACUUCUUGUGGUAUAGCAGAUACGAUGGGUGUCUGUUUUCUUUGUGGUACAACAUUUUUUGGUAAACGUACACGGGUGUGUACAACCAUUACACCACAUAGUAAAAUACCAUACCCAGAAAAAAUUGCUGAGCUUGUGGGAAAUGAAGUUGUGCUUAAUGUAACUCCUGCUGAUCAAAUGUGCAAGAACUGUACCUCAAUUUUGAUUCAUACGGACAAGUUGGAAAAUGAUCUGAAACAUAUAAAAAAUGCAUUGUUGUCAUAUAUACAAAAGAAAUAUGGAAAAUGGCCUUCUGAUCAGAUUGUAAAGGGUAUUGAGAUUGUCAAUGGAAACUUAAAGGCAGAGAAACAACUAGAAAAAGAUCAGCAUAUAGUACCCAGUGUACUGACUAUUGCUGUUGUAAUAACUCCAGUCCAAACUCCAUUAAAAUUGUUAAAAUUACAACUGCAGCAGCAGCAACAACAACAACACCAACCACAAAAACAACACUAUCAUCAACAACAACAACCAGUUACACAACAAGAAAGCGCUAACAAAACAAAAAUAUACAAGUGUGGCUAUUGUACAUUCCAAUCGAAAGAGCUUGGUCAUACUCGUAUUCACAUGCGCACUCAUGUGAACAAAAAGGAGCCUGAAAAACCUAUUCUUAUACAACCAGCGACUAAAGCAUUAACUCAGAUGCUGCAAACGAGAGAACACAUUUAUAGAUGUCAAGCUUGUACUAAAUCCUUUCAUUCUAAAAUAAAAUUGCUUGAUCACAUUCGGAAAGACCAUAAUCAGUCAACUCCAUCAACUUCAAGAGAAAUGCUGAAAACGAGGGAACACCUUUAUAGAUGUCAAGUUUGUACUAAAUCCUUUCAUUUUAAAAUAAAAUUGCUUGAUCACAUUCGGAAAGACCAUAAUCAGUCAACUCCAUCAACUUUAAGAGAAGUGCGGCAAAAGAAGAUACCGCUUUAUAGAUGUCUAGUAUGUGAUAAAUCAUUCUAUUAUCGAAUUAAUCUCCGUGAACACAUUCAUAAAACCCAUAAUUCAUCAACCUCAAAUAGAGAAAGAGAAACUGAUGCCAAAUGGAAAAUAAAACCUGAGCCUACACAAAAAUAAGAGGAUGAAGUAGAUACAACCGUACUUUAACGGGAAGAAGCUGAUCAAGAAACUCCAUACAAUGCUCUGAACGUAGUUGAUGAAGACGAUUAUUUAUUAAAAUAUUAGAAAUUAAACCACUAUUUUUUAUUUUUAUAAAUUAUUAAGAUAAAGAGUACAUUUAAAAAAACACUAAAAAGGUUUGGUAGUUUUGGGAUUGCAAUGAGCAAUUCUAUUUAAUGAACUACUUUAACAUAUCAAUUUAUUUUAAUCGAUGACUGUAAAAGGUUUCGUUAAAUUACAUUUGCGUACAGUAGUAAAGCUAAAGUACUAAAAAUUAAAAACGUAGUUAUAUAAAAAAAAAAUCUUAAAGAUAAAAAUCUAUAAAAUAAAAAUGUAAAUAUUAUAAUAUUAUUACCCAUCUGGUAUGUUCCAUAAUUGUUGUGUAUUAUUUUCUAAUUGUGUUGGUUAGAUUUUAUUAUACUGAAUAGUAUUCAUAGAGC